AUGACUUUCUCACAUGCUCUUAUGCUCUACUGCCUCCUGGCUUUGUUGCAACCAGUUGAGGAGAGAUUGAGCGUGCAGUGCCGAGCAAACUCUACGUUUGCAAGCACUAGCUUCCAAACCUUGAGGAACAUUCCCUUACUGGCGAAUGGAACUGUGUCUCCAUCUACCGGAGUGAUUCCGAUUGGAAGCAGCCUUCUGUUACUUUGUAACAAAGGAUUUCGUCUUACCGGGCCUGGAUCGCCCGUGCCCAAAUGCUUGUCCAGCUGCUCGUUCGAGCUGGGGAUGACGUGCGAGAUGGUUCGAUGUCCUCCUUUCGUUGACGCGUUCGGGGACAGCGCGCUCAUGAACCGAUCUCUGCUCUAUGGCGAGUCCAUGACCGUCACCUGCAAACCGGGGUACAGGAGCUCUGCCUCCCUACCGACAGGCGGCUUUCCUUGCUCCACGUCAUACACCAAGCUCUGCUCGGAGACGGGGCAGCUUGAGGAUGCGAGCACGCACUGUGUCCCUGUGACUUGCCCGCGAUACGACGCUGGCAGCGACUCGUUGAAAUGUCUCACCAGCGACUGCGGACCAGCUGAAGGAACCAUCAUCGCCGCGGUCACCGACCCUGCUCCUGCCACCUUCACCAGCACCAAGGAAAUCGUAUGCAAUGCAGGAUACGACAGAGUUGAUGCCGGCAAGUCGCCGAGAUGCAACGAAACCUGUCAGUACAGCAACAACUCUCAAGCGUGCAGACCGCUGUCAUGCCCGCUGCCUGACCUGACAGGGUUUCGGAUGGAGUUCGAGCAAGGCGUGACAGGGUCGAUUCCUUACUUGUCGACCGUGUCGCUAUCCUGCUUUCAAGGGUUUGUGUUCCAGUCAUCCUCCGGCCUCAGCUGCGUCAGGAGCAGGACCCUCACUUGCUCGCUGGUGGACGGGAGCAGAACGGAGCUGACGCCUGCUAUCAGUACCUUGUCUUGCUCCCCCUUGACCUGCCCCCCUCUCAACCUCAGCCAUGCCCAGUACAGCAAGUUGCAGGAUCCCAUGUACGGGCAGACGGUCGAUGUGGUCUGUGACAGAGGAUACGCGCUACCCUCAUCUGGUUUGACCUGCGACAAAGUCUCCUCCUUCACAGCACAGUGUUUUGAUUGCUCCUUUCGGCUCAAGGGUGACGGCAGUCCAGUCAGCUGCAAUCGGGCCCCUUGUCCUGCCUUCCCUCACUCGAUCCUCAACGGUCAUCUUGCCAGGGCUGGCGUCAUUUAUCCCGGGGAGACGACGAAGAUUGACUGUGAGGUCGGCACUCAGCUGGGGCAGGGAGGGGAGACGAGUUUGACAGUCUCCUGCCUCUCCAACUGCUCUUGGGACCUUCAAAGGGACGUGACCUGCUACAGGAAGAUGUGCCCUGCUCUUGUCCUGCCUGCCAACAGCCAGAUCGAGAGGGCAGUGUCCUACACAUCCAGCGCGAUUGAAUAUGAUGCGGUGACGAAAGAACUGAAGAUGUACCACAACGAUUCAAUCAUCGUGAAGUGCAACAGCGGAUAUAUGGUUGACGCUCGACCGGACGAUGCUAGGUUCUGUAAGACAACUUUCAACCUCUCUUGUUUCAACGGCUCUUUCGUCGGGAUGUCAAAAUGUGUUCCCUACCAGUGCGGCUGCGGUUUUGGUCUCCCCUGCGAGCGUUUCAAUCAAGAUACCAACGCUCUUCCUCUGCCCUCCUAUGUCGACUCAGGAAAACUUGUGGAAGUUCGGUGCAAGGAUGGAUAUCGGGCGGCUCAGUCUGGGAGCAAGUAUGCAACCUGCAGCGACCCUUCAGGCUACAGCCUGUUGUGUUCGGAUUGCUCUUACAACUCAACGUCAAUGAGGAACCAAGUCAGCGCGAGCAGGAACUCUAGCUCUGACAGUGCUGGAGUUGUUCCUGUUGACUCGACUAUCCUUGUUGUCUGCGAUGAGGGAUUCCGAGCAAUGGGCUCUCAGUCUCGUCAGACGACGGUCAAGUGCACGUCUACUUGUCAGUUCAACGUGACUCAGGCUUGUCUUCCUAUCUUCUGCAACUCGUCGACGAUAAAAGACGGGAAAGCUAUCCCAACCAAUAACAGCUCCCUUGUUCAACACAACACGGAGGUGUUUGUUUCUUGCAACCAAGGGUAUCACGUGCCUGGCCCUUCAAGUUGCAACACGAAUUACACAGCCUUGUGCUACGAUGGGAUGUUUGUUUCCAGCAAGACCUGCGUUGCUAUCACAACCUCGGAUUGUGGCUGCGGCAUCGGAGCAUGCAGGCAGUAUCAGCUCAGGACGGGAGAGCUGAAUGUCUCUCCCAACAUCUCCAUCAGCCAUGGCUCCCUCGCCCGCGUCGAGUGCGCGCCAGGGUUCAGAGCGUCUCCUGUCUCCAGUUCAACUCCGCCGACCUGUCAAGCAUCCCGUGAGUUCAACUUCACGUGCAACGACUGCAAACUUGAGACGGACAUGGCGUGCUCGCCUGCUGUCUGCCGCUUCUACAAUGGGAGUGAUCAGGCUGUCACCUUAUCCUGCCCCUUCGGUUUCCGCGCCUUCUCCUCUGACAGAGGCUCCUCCUCCUCCUACACCGCCACCUGCAGUGACACCUGCUCCUUCCUACCCUCGUCAACGGACGUCUGCAGGCCCAUACGAUGCCCUCCACUCUUCCUUGGGAAUCUUUUUGCCUCCUCUAAUCAGUCGCAGCUCGCUGCCCUCUACCACGGGGACUCGCUCAACGUCUCUUGUCUCCCCGGCUAUCAGAUCCAGGGCUCCCGCUGCCAGACCUGGAGGACGGUGACGUGUCAGGACGGACAGCUCCCGUCGGUAGCGUGUGAGGCUAUCGCAUGCAAUUGCAGCGCCUCCACCUGUAGAGGCCCCGAGGAUGAGGGAGCGUUGACAGUCAAUCUCUCCUCCCCUCUCCUCAACAGAGGACGGACCAACGUCACCUGCAAGGAAGGCUUCCGAGCUGCUGCUUCCAACGCCUCCUCCUCCUCCUGCUCCCUUCCCCGCUGGUACCCUGUGGAGUGCGUCGACUGCUCGCUGCAGACGGCUGCCAGCUGCAAGAGGGUGAGCUGCGGGCCAGUUAGGAUGGUUGGAGCAGAGGCAAGGGUUCUGGCUGACCCAGUCAGUGGUGAGGUCCUCUACAACGAGAGCGUUACAUACUCCUGUCCUCUUGGGCACAGGCUGUACGACAGGAACGCCGACUCGUCCUCCUCCAUCACGUUCCACUGUGAGGCAGACUGCAGCUACACCAACUCCUCCUCCUCGCUCUCCUCCUCCUCGUCUUCGCUCUCCUCUUCCUCCUCCUCCAUCUGCUACAGGGUCAGCUGCGAGGAGCUGACCGCUCUCCCCAACGCCAGCGUGAAGGCGACAGGAGGAGGGAACCUGACCGGCCUGCUCUUCGGUGACGAAGUGGAGGUCACGUGUGACGGUCAGCUCGUUAGCCUCCAGCACCUCCAGCAGGGCCGCUGCGUCCGUCAGUGGAACGUCUCCUGCAACGACCAGGGUAAGUUCGACAGGAGCGGCUGCUCCCUCCCAACCUGCGAGUGCGGGGGAACAGCCUGCGGCCUGCUGUCCCUGCCGUCUCUGCACGUGAACCUCUCUAGCCUCCCCGCUCCUCUCCUCCCCAGCGGCGGCAGCGUGUACGCCCGCUGCCCACAAGGGUACCGAGCAACGAGUCCCAACAACUCCAGCAGCUCCUGCUCCGACGAUGCCCAGGUGCUACUGGGGUGUCGGAACUGCUCCGUGGCUGCGGACAAGAUCUGCGCUCCCGUCCUCUGCUCUCUCAGCUUUCAGGACGACAACUUGAUAUGGAUCAACUCCUCCUCCUCCUCCUCCUCCUCUGCCUCCGCAGUCUUCCAACAGGUCAUCGCCUUCACCUGCAGACCUGGCUUCCGCCCAGCCAGCUCUUCGUGCUCCUCUCAACGCUGCCCCGCUCGAUCGCCGAACUCAUCCUUUCUCACAUGCCAGCAAGACUGCCAGUUCGCUCCCCCGUCCCCUCGCUGCCUUCCAGUCACCUGCAACGUCUCGGAUCUGGCAGUACCCCGAGGGAGCAUCUCGGACGGGAGGCAGGUGUAUCGAUCGGGAGAGAACCUGACUGUUGUCUGCGAUGCUGGGUACAUGUCGGAGGAGAACUCCAGGAUCAACAGUAAGUGCGACAAGAGCUUCACCGCCGUCUGCAACCUCGAUGGUACUUGGAGCGCUGCUUCAAGGUGUUCCGCGAUCAGAUGCAACGUCAGUUACUACAGGGCAAGCAAGUUGGUCGAACUAGGAGGGAAGUUGGACUGUGGGAAGGGAUACAUAUCUGACGUGGAGGACGCGUUGGUCUGCAAGGACGAUUGUUCGAUCAACAGCACGUUGCCCUGCCGGCCGAGAGAAUGUCCAGUUGUUGAGGUCACAAACGCGUCUGUGGUGGGAAGAAACGGAUCUCUGAAUGUCUUGUUCGGCGAUCUUGUGACGUACAAGUGCAAUGAUGGGCUUGUUGUGUCAAGACAGUUUGAGAUGUUUGCAAAGAACAACUGCAGUGAUGAAUUCACUGUCAUGUGUCAGGACAAUGGCACCCUCCAACUUGUCUCCUCCUUCACUUCAGUCUGCCUGCCACCGUCCUGCCCACCCUACUUCACUCUGGACAGUCUCGUUGAGAUCAGCAACAGCACCACAAGCUCUGCUGCCUUCGGUUCAACGAUGAACUUGACAUGUCGGCAAGGGAGCAGGUUUGACUCGAGCCCAACCGUCGCAUCGGCUGCUGUCACGUGCGGAGGAGAAGGAGAGGGCAGAUGCUCGUGGAGCAAGGCCCCAAGAUGCGUUCCCAUCACCUGCAGAUACUCUCCUCCUGCAAACUCCCUUCUUCUGGACGUGAACGCAACGUUGAGGGAGCACCCCAUAGGAUCGAGGGUGGCGGGAAAAUGCAUUGACGGGUAUCAGACGACGGCAAGCAGCAACUGCAGCAGCGACUUCGAGAACGUUUGUCAGCAGACGGGAGAGUUCUCAAGUACCCAAUGCCUUCCAGCUUUUUGCCCUCCAUACUCCCAGCAGCUCAGGACGUUUCUCAGCUCCUUCAACGAGGCAGCGCUGGGGCCGUUCGUCCUCCCUCCCUCUCCUCUUCUCAACUCGAGUUACAACACCUCCCUGCUCCUUUCUUGUCCCCUUGAAGCGCUUCCUCUCAACGUCGCGACCGGGCAGUUCCUCCCGUCUCCGUUCCCCGUCUCGUGCUCGCCCGCGUGCAGCUGGGACAGGAUCGUCGUUUGUAAGCUCAUCUCCUGCUCUCUUGACAACCUGCCGCUGCUGCAGGCCGCCGGUUUCAACGUCGAGCAAGGAGAGGUAGUCGACGGCAGAGUGUCAGUCCGCUACAACCACUUCCUCAACCUGUCCUGUGGGGAGGGGGAGGAGGUGGUUGAGAGCGCAGGCAACUUCAUCGUCCCUGACCUUCCCGGUCUUGGUUACAUCAAUGUCUACGUGCGGCAGACGUUCUCAGGCGGUCACCUGGCGAUCGGACGCGAGCCUGGUUCUUGA